AAGAACUAAGGGCUAGGUCGAAGUUGCAGAGAGAAGCCAUUUCGUUUCGUACACUGAUAUUCGUAGUCGUAAGGUAGCGGAUUAGUAAUCGAGUAUGGACAAGAGCAUGCUAGGAGAUCUGGACAAUCUUCCAGAGGAAGAUAAGAUCAGAAUGUCCUCCAUGAUCGACCAGCUCCAGAUUCGUGACAGCUUGAGGAUGUAUAAUUCACUCGUGGAGAGAUGCUUCAAUGAUUGCGUAGAUAAUUUUAAGCACAAGUCAUUGCAAAAGCAAGAGGAAACCUGUGUGCAGCGGUGUGCUGAGAAGUUUCUAAAGCAUUCAAUGCGCGUUGGCAUGAGGUUUGCGGAGCUCAACCAAGGAGCAGCUACCCAAGAUUGAAGUCUUUUAAUGGCCAAGGAUGGAAAACCCACGAUGCAGAGAUGGGCAGCAGUACUGCCUUCCUAUUUGUUAUACUUCUGCUUACUCUUCUUAUUUAAUUGGAAACCGAACAUCCUAGAUGCAUCAUACAUGGGACCCAUGAUUGGUGUCUAGAACAGUAACUGUUACUAAUAAUUUGAGGCAAGAGAAUCCGUGUUGUAGACAUAUAUAAUGAGCAUUUGUUUUGUUU